AUGACAAUACCAUUUGAACAAAAAACUGAAAGACAAAAAUUAGAUGAUGGAGAUACAGAAGUGAUUAAUACAAAUGUAUCACCUUCAAAAUUAAUUUAUUCAACUUUUAAUAAUUCACAUAAUGGAUUUGGUAAAUAUAUAUUUGAUUCAAAAGUUCCAUAUGCAACAAAGAGAAGAAAUUUUACAAUUGAAGAAAGAGGUUAUUAUUUUUCAACAAGAUUUGAUGUUAUAAAUUCACAAAAUUUUGAUAUUAAUGAUCCAAUAUUAAAUGAUAUGGAAGAUACUAGUAAAUUAUAUGGAUUUGUUGAAUAUCUUCGACAUCCAAAUUUGGAAUUGAUGUAUGAUGUUGUAAGAUAUAUUGGAAGACAUCAUUAUCAUGUUGAUUCAUGUACUAAACUUAGUCCAAAUGUUUCAAAAUAUUUUAAAUUAAAAAAUCCAUAUAAUGGACAAAUUGAAAAAAUUGUGGAAAUGGCAUAUACAAAUACAAGUUGGCUUGGUGCUAAAGAUAUAAGUUUUUAUCUGAUGGAGAGUGGGAUUGGAUAUAUAGAGGAUAUAGUUUCAGUUACAACGUUAACUUCAACAAAUCCUUUAUUUAAUGAUCCAAAAAGUCCUAAUGAAGCUAUUCCAAGUGUAAUUACUAUAAUUAAAUCACCACUUUUAUUAAACAUCCCAGAGGUAAUAUUGGAAAGAUAUCUUCAACAUCCAGAUGAAAAUGUAUUGAAUAGAAUGAUUCCAAGUGAUUUACUUGAUCAUUUACCUGGAUUGAAGGAAUAUUCUCAAUUAAAUAUGGAAAAAUUAAAUCAAUUUAAAAAAGGUCAACCUUUAAUGCUUAUAAACCAAGAUGGGAAAUGGGAAAAUUCUAAUCAAGACGAAGGUGAAGAAUGGUAUGAUUCAUUGGAUUCAAUGGAGGAUUUGAAAAAUGCAAUCAAUGAGAUUAUUUAA